CGACGCUGACGAUAGUUUGGACCAAUGAUUGGCCUCAAAAGCACACUCAACGUCAUCGACAAUUCGGGUGCCCUCCUCGUCGAGUGCAUUAACGUUCUGAAGAACAAAGUGACCAACGGUCACGGCUCUGUCGGCGACGAGAUUGUUUGCGUCGUGAAACGCGCUCGACCCAUCUCUGCUGCUGCCCAAGCCUCGGUGAACGCCGUCAAGGUUCGCAGAGGUGACGUUCGACGCGCUGUCAUCGUCCGGACACGGAAACAGGUUCAAAGACCAGACGGAACGUUUGUUCGCUUCGACGACAAUGCUGCUGUUCUUCUGAACAACAAGAGGGAGAUGUUGGGAACACGUAUUGGUGGUAUGGUCAGCGCUGACCUCCGGCUGAAGGGAUGGUCGAAAAUUGCCAGUUUGGCGCCUAGAGUCGUUUGAAUAUGUCUAUAUCCGCACUAUAAUUCGUCGUAAUACUUAAUCAGUACCCCACCAGCCAGAUGCCUUCUUC